AUUCAACCAGAAAAUAUGAUGUUCGUUUGUCUGUGGAUAUACGAUAUCUCAUCGUCACAAAUACGACAUUGCGACAAUCACCUGUUCAACUUAUUGUAUUUUUGCGAUUUUUUACAUCUGAGCGAAUGGAAUUAGCUUAUCAAUGAAACACAUCAAUCUUAGCAAUGUAUGCCGUGGUGCAAUUCAUCGAAAAACAGAAACUCAACGUUCUCACCGUUCCGCUUACAUGGGUGGAAGGUGACAUGCUAAUGUGGCCAGAAUCGACACACGAUGUUAUUGAAAAUAUUCGCGUCCGAGGACAACCUUACGGCGGUCCUACCAGAGCAAUUCCGAUGAUUUUAGAAGGACAGUUCAACCAUUUCGACGAAGCUGAAAGAUUCGCGGCAACGAUUAUGGCAGCGAAUGAUAUUAAACGUGUUGCAGUGCAAGAUCUCAGGGAUGAAUUAUUUGAAAAUGCGGUGAAUUGCCUAAAUCAAUCGCGUUCAUGUCAACAAAUCUCCCCCUUGAAACUGGAAAUAGAUGAACCAACGUAUUCUCACAUUGAAUCAUCAACCUUACCCAAUGAACGUAUUAAUAUCAUGAUUAAUAGUUAUCUAAAUAAUCCGAACACUGAACGCUUAUUUUUUUCAGAUGAUUCUGUUAUUCUCACACAUGCGGUACUAAAAAAAGAACUGGACAGUUUGAGAAAAGAUUUGACUAGUAUUAUUCAAACGACUGUUCAAGCAGCUGUUGAGAGCUGCUUGCAAACAAGAACGAUUCCAUUGGCGCCAGAAUUGAAAAGGCCAGCUGAAAUUCCAAAAUUGGUACAAGACGGUAAGAGUACUGUCGAAAAUCACAAACCGAUCAACAGUGAAGAGCAAAUCUGUAGAUGGAACAUUGAACUAGCUGACGAUGAAUUGUGUCAGCAAUAUCUAAAAUAUUUUGCAAAAAUCAUUACACCAAACUCACACUUGGGCAAGGGUGAUAAUGCUUGUUACACCAUUGUCGAUUGUUUGUUCACCCGGGAGUUCUGGAAUCAAUUCACCUGGACUGGAAUCAACCGAGGCAAGAAGUCAAAACGAGGUUUUAGAGAAUUCGGAAACGUUAAGCAACUGCUUCUGAACAUCAUUCGCAUUGGCGAUCCCUCCUACAAUGUUCACAAGCUGGAAUCAUUCUGCAAAACUCGCCUGUUUCGACACGCGAAAGCGCGCGCACUGAAUCCGCGGCUUCGUAAAUCUGUCUGUCGUCCUGGACGAUCCCGGGGAAGGACUGAACAUAUGUCUAGUGACAACGAUAAUGUUCAAGACAGUGGCACUGAUAGUGACCGUGGUAGUGCAAAUUUUAAGGGGCAGAGUUCAAGCCGAGCAAGUUGAUAGCAUAACUCGUUUGGGGGUUGAGUGUUCUUGCAUAUGCAUUCCAUUUGUUUUACUAUUUGACAAAGAUUACAUAAGUUACAGUGAUCGUAUCACUAGUUAAUAUUGUUUUUUAAGUUAGCAGUUUGAAUA